AUGUGUAGAAGAGCAACUGGGCCUUCCUCCACAACCAUAGCUGGACAGUUGAAAUAUGAUCUAAUUUGUCUACCCUCACACAAGUUCCGUUACUCAGUAUGGCACGAUCUUCGAGAAACAUGUUUAAGUGGGGACCAAUUACAUGCUCCACGGGUUAGAGCUGGUCCCCCAGAAAAAGAGAAACAGUUUAACAGUGUGAUAGAAGAUGGCCUACCUAUCCACCAUGAUAUGACAGGCAAGAGAAGACAAAAUCAUAUGAACCAGUUAGAGAACUGGGAAGGGGCAGAGGUAAUCAACCUGUGUUACCAAGAGUUGUGUCAUGAGUACCAGUGGAAGAAUUUCUACAGAAUUCUUGCUAAGUGUCAGUCAGCUGGGGACAAUCAACCUGCCUAUAACACAAUGGUCUCUCUCAAACAGAUCAAAUUUUCAAGAUUAAAUGUUUGA